UCUCCUUUUCUAGUCUGUUCCCAGUUCUCCAAAGGAGUCUAUGCCAUCUUUGGGUUUUAUGAACGGAGAACUGUCAACAUGCUCACCUCCUUCUGUGGGGCCCUUCACGUCUGCUUCAUUACGCCGAGCUUUCCUGUUGACACAUCCAAUCAGUUUGUCCUCCAGCUGCGCCCCGAACUGCAGGAUGCUCUCAUCAGCAUCAUUGACCAUUACAAGUGGCAGAAAUUUGUCUACAUUUAUGAUGCCGACCGGGGCUUGUCCGUCCUGCAGAAAGUCCUGGACACAGCUGCCGAAAAGAACUGGCAGGUGACAGCAGUCAACAUUUUGACAACCACAGAGGAGGGAUACCGGAUGCUCUUUCAGGACCUGGAAAAGAAAAAGGAGCGGCUGGUGGUGGUGGAUUGUGAAUCAGAACGCCUUAAUGCUAUCCUGGGCCAGAUCAUAAAGCUGGAGAAGAAUGGCAUUGGCUACCACUACAUCCUUGCAAAUCUGGGCUUCAUGGACAUCGACUUAAAUAAAUUCAAGGAGAGUGGUGCAAAUGUGACAGGCUUCCAGUUGGUGAACUACACGGACACCAUUCCAGCCAAGAUCAUGCAGCAGUGGAAGAACAGUGAUGCUCGAGACCACACCCGGGUGGACUGGAAAAGACCCAAGUACACUUCUGCGCUUACCUACGACGGGGUGAAAGUGAUGGCUGAGGCUUUCCAGAGCCUGCGGAGGCAGAGGAUUGAUAUAUCCCGCCGGGGAAAUGCUGGGGACUGUCUGGCUAACCCAGCUGUGCCCUGGGGCCAGGGGAUUGACAUCCAGAGAGCCCUACAGCAGGUGCGGUUUGAAGGCUUGACAGGAAAUGUGCAGUUUAAUGAGAAAGGACGCCGGACCAACUACACUCUGCACGUGAUCGAGAUGAAACACGAUGGCAUUCGAAAGAUCGGUUACUGGAAUGAAGAUGAUAAGUUUGUCCCUGCAGCCACCGAUGCUCAAGCUGGGGGGGAUAACUCAAGUGUUCAGAAUAGAACAUACAUCGUCACAACAAUCCUAGAAGAUCCUUAUGUGAUGCUCAAGAAGAAUGCUAACCAGUUCGAGGGCAAUGACCGCUACGAGGGCUACUGUGUAGAGCUGGCGGCAGAGAUCGCCAAGCAUGUGGGCUACUCCUACCGUCUCGAGAUCGUCAGUGAUGGAAAAUAUGGAGCCCGAGACCCUGACACAAAGGCCUGGAAUGGCAUGGUGGGAGAGCUGGUCUAUGGAAGAGCAGAUGUGGCUGUGGCUCCUUUAACUAUCACCUUGGUCCGGGAAGAGGUUAUAGAUUUCUCCAAGCCUUUUAUGAGUUUGGGGAUCUCCAUCAUGAUUAAAAAACCACAGAAGUCCAAGCCAGGGGUCUUCUCCUUCCUUGACCCUUUGGCCUAUGAGAUUUGGAUGUGCAUCGUUUUUGCCUACAUUGGAGUGAGUGUCGUCCUCUUCCUGGUCAGCCGCUUCAGCCCCUAUGAAUGGCACAGUGAAGAGUUUGAGGAAGGACGGGACCAGACAACCAGUGACCAGUCCAAUGAGUUUGGGAUAUUCAACAGCUUGUGGUUCUCCCUGGGAGCCUUCAUGCAGCAAGGAUGUGACAUUUCUCCCAGGUCCCUUUCUGGCCGCAUCGUUGGUGGAGUCUGGUGGUUCUUCACCUUGAUCAUCAUCUCAUCAUACACAGCCAACCUGGCCGCCUUCCUGACUGUGGAGAGGAUGGUGUCUCCCAUUGAGAGUGCAGAGGACCUAGCAAAGCAGACGGAAAUCGCUUAUGGGACGCUGGAAGCAGGAUCUACUAAGGAGUUCUUCAGGAGGUCUAAAAUUGCCGUGUUCGAGAAGAUGUGGACAUACAUGAAAUCAGCAGAACCAUCAGUUUUUGUGCGGACCACAGAGGAGGGUAUGAUCCGAGUGAGGAAAUCCAAAGGCAAAUAUGCCUACCUCCUGGAAUCCACCAUGAAUGAGUACAUUGAGCAGCGGAAACCCUGUGACACCAUGAAGGUGGGAGGUAACUUGGAUUCCAAAGGCUAUGGCAUUGCGACACCCAAGGGGUCCGCCCUGAGAGGUCCCGUAAACCUAGCGGUUUUGAAACUCAGUGAGCAAGGCGUCUUAGACAAGCUGAAAAGCAAAUGGUGGUACGAUAAAGGGGAAUGUGGAAGCAAGGACUCCGGAAGUAAGGACAAGACAAGUGCUUUGAGCCUCAGCAAUGUGGCAGGCGUGUUCUACAUCCUGAUUGGAGGACUUGGACUAGCCAUGCUGGUUGCCUUAAUCGAGUUCUGCUACAAAUCUCGUAGCGAAUCCAAGCGGAUGAAGGGUUUCUGUUUGAUCCCACAGCAAUCCAUCAAUGAAGCCAUACGGACAUCGACCCUCCCCCGGAACAGCGGGGCAGGAGCCAGCGGCGGUGGCAGUGGAGAGAAUGGCCGGGUGGUCAGUCAUGACUUCCCCAAGUCCAUGCAGUCGAUUCCCUGCAUGAGCCACAGUUCAGGGAUGCCCUUGGGAGCCACAGGAUUGUAACUGGAGCAGACGGAGACCCCUUGGGGAGCAGGCUUAGGCUCCCCCAGCCCCAUCCCAAACCCUUCAGUGCCAAAAACGACAACAAAAUGAAACGCAACCACCACCAACCACUGCGAUCACAAGGAGGACGAUUCAACAGAUUUUUCUGAAGAAUUGAAAAACCACUUUGCUGUCCCUUUUCCUUUUUUGAUGUUCUUUCUCCCUUUUCCAUUUGCUAAGUGAGGAUGAUAAAUAACACUGUACUGCAAUAAGUGGGGAGUCACCCUGUCUAAUGAAGCCUGUGCCUCUGAAAAAAGGAGUCACUGGAACACCGAUGAGGAAACUGGACUGCUUUUAAUCUGGUUGUUAACAUGUCUUAGUGUGUGCGAUUUUUUUUCUUACUAACAUUGAUGGUUUGCAGGUUCUGUUAGGCCUCUUCCUUCUUCUUGCUUCUUAUUCCCAACUCCCUACCCAUCCCUCUUCAGUUUUCAGAUGGGAGAUUCAAGAUUUGUUCCACCUUACAAGUAAGCAAAAGGAAAAAAGCAUCCUUCAAACUAAUUCGCCAUGGGGCCUCUCCACGUUACCCUCCACUCCUUGGCCCCAAGCCUUGGAUGGAGACAAUCAUUGUUGGAGGAGGGGGCAGCCAUCCCCAGAUGAGGCACUGAUUAAGCACUGAUCUAGUCGAGGACACAUGUGAAAAGCAACUCAGAACAAGGGUGGUGGAAAGAGCAAGGGCAGACGUGCAGUCAGAGGAGGACUCAUGAAGUUACUGCUGCUCAGAAGAAGCUUCCUUUAAUGUGUAAGAGCCAUUCCGUAGGCCCUAAGUGGAAUGGUGUGUUUCUUCACAGAGCCAACCUCAGCCCUGAGAAGUAUUUCCUUCUGCUAUGCUUAGGCUCAAAGGCACUCUGGUGGCUGAAGGGCAAUUGGCCUAAACUAACUAGACCAAGUAGAGCCUUGGGAAGAGCUGACAGCCAGGAAGAUAUUGCCCAUGAUUCUGGAUUCUGGCUUUUCGUUCUUUCUUUCUUUCUUUUCUUUUUUUUUUUUCUUUUCUGCUUGACAAUCUGAGCAGGAACCCCAUUGUGGAGUAGACUCUCUUUCUCUGUAGAGCCUCUGACAUGGGGGAAAAUGCUAUGCAAGCUAAGUGCAAAAGAAAGGUGAUGGAAGAAUUUUGGAAGAGGAAGCCUCAUCAGGACCCACACACAAUAGAGCUUUCUGUGGUGUGCCCUGUCCUAGGUUUGAGAGACCAAACAUGAAGUUCGGGGUUAUGCUGACACAGAGACCUUGGGUUUUUAUGUUAACACAGAGUGUUGUUCUGGCAUGUGGCCAGAUAUUAUCCUGUCAUCUUUAGAAAGCAAGAUACCCAAGGCCAAAUUAUUUGAAGAAUAACAGGGAGAUAGAUUAAGUUGAUAAUAACAUUGGGGGACCUUAAGAUUCCUGACCCCAACUUCUAACCCAAGGAGGCUGACCUUCCCUCUUGCUAAGGUAGAACGAGGACAUUCAAUUCCAAUACUCAGAAUCAAUAUGUCCACGAUUGUGACCACAAAUCUGAACUAAAGCAAGAUUGGAGAAGUGAUAAGGUUCAUGGAAAGAAGCCCAGGAUGACUACAACUUUGGUUGGAAGUGGGAGUCCCUGGCACAUAGCUUUCUUGGAGACCCCAACUCUCAUUCUUGGUGCAACUGGCUUCCAGCUCUCCAGCAGCCACUCUCCUAGGUGCAUGAUUCAGUGUGCGCCACGUGUCAUUAGCUUUUACUGAUAACCAUAUUCUGGCUUGUCCCCGUACCCCAUUUCUAUGCAGUCUUCUCUGCUAGGGGUUAUCAUUAGCAAUUGACAAGUUAAAGGUUUUGGAGCCUACCUAGGGGGUAGAUGCAGCAUGAUAGGCUUCAUCUGUGGAUUCUCCCAGUGGACAUCCACCAUCUCAGUGUCACUCCCAUUCUUCUCUCAUCAGCCGUACAAAAGAACCAUUCCAAAACCAAAUCCUUCACCCUUUCAACUCAAGUGUUAUUGUUCAGUCUCUCACCUGUAAAUGUGGGUAUGGUAUGUGAAGCACCAACCUCAGGAUGGAUUAUUACUUCUCACUAUGGCCAGCUGACAUCCCUCCCACCCCCUGCCCUCACACCAGAUUUUUCUCAGCCCUUAGCCUACCACUGCAGAAUCUGAUGUGACUCGCCAAUAGGGAGUGUGCAUUUUGGAAGAGUUGGAAAUAACCCUCUGCCAUCAACAUGCUUCAAAGACCUUUUGCCUUUGGCCUGGUAAGAUGCCUCUCCAGCCACUGAGUCCAGCAGUAACAUGAUCUGAGAAGGAGAGACUGUCUGUGCUAGAAAUGAGGGUCUGUGCUAUGCGGGGGUCCAAGACUCCAGAGGAAGAUGCUUUUCGUCAAUAGAGGGGUAAAGGGAAAACAAAAGCAAGAAAAAAGUUAACUUGUAUUAUGUAUUUUUACUACACUUUUCUUAAAAAUAGAGCAUUGGGGAAACUCUGGAAGAGACUGACAUUUUUCUCAACAGGAAUCCAUACUUAACAGUUCUGGCUUUCAUUAAAUUUUGCUCUUUGGUAUCUGGGCCUUUUAUUUAACAUCUAUAUUUGUUUUAACUCUCUUGGCAGAUGUGUGAAAGGAUUCUUGCUUGAUCAAACACUAAAUAUUUUUCUGGUUCCUGUUUUUCUUUCCAAUAGACAGGUUUUUUUUUUUUUUUCUCCUUUUGGUAUUUGCAUAAAAUGAAAAUAUCACCGAGAAUUAAAUCACUGUGGAUCCAUUA